AUGUCGGCAGGCGCUGUUGACGAAUGGCUGCAGCAGUAUGUCGAGAAGCAUCGCAGGCUUCCGGCCACCCCUGACCAGCUCUGCAGCUUCGCGCGGAACCACGGCCACGCGCUGCGCUACUCUGCGGCCAAAAUGGCCAUGGAGGCGUCGUCGUCAAGAGCAAGUCUCCUGGAGCCCUUGCUGGCUGAGCACUUGCACGCGGCAAGCCCAUCGGCUUCAACGUCGUCAACUUCCUCACCAGCACGGGCGCCCCCGCCCUCGCCGCAGCCAGCGCAUCCAGCGCGGCCAGCGCAAGCACAGGCGCAGCCGCGACAAAUGGAUGGCCAGAGCUGGCUCCAACUCUUCAUAGACACCUACGGGCACCGGCCGGCGGCCAGCCAGCUCAGCCACUUCGUGAGGAACCGUGGGGGGACGUUGACGUACAUGCAGUGCCAGCACUUGAUCGACCCCCCCAUCAGACGCCACGCCGGCACGCCGGGCGCGCCCAGUCAGCGGACCGACCUGGCGCGGCUGAGCCUUCUGAGCUCGGCGCUGAGCUCCGUUCUGAGCCGCCCCGAGCGCUGGCAGGACGCCAUGGAGAUCAACCGCCACUACCGGCGCCUCACUCGGAUGAUCUUCACCACGCUGGCGCUGGAUGAGGAGGUACCAUCCUUGGACACCCAGCUGCCGCCGCAGAUUUGCAGGGACCUCGAGAAUCGCCUGAUGCAGGCGUGGGAGGUCGAGGAGACCUCAGAAACGACGCCGGAGUGGGUGCAGCUCCCUUGCCAGCAUACCUUGCACCGCGCCUGCUACGGCCAACUGGUGCGCCACAACGCACUGCAGUGCCGGUGUCCGCUGUGCAGGUCUGGACCUGUGGAGCUGGCGGCCAUUUGCGACGGCCUCGGCAUUCCUCUCUUGGGGCGAUCGAUUCCGCGGGGCGAAGCCGUUCCUUCCGUUUCGGAGGGUGGAUGGCUCAUUGGACCUCGGGCCAACCCGCAGGGCGGAAGGUACACAAUCGAUAUUGAGAAGGAAGUGGACAAGCUCAUCGAAGACCCUUCGCGUGCCCGGCGGAAAGCGAAAGGCAAGGAUGUGCGAAGGGAGGCUCCCAGGAGGCUGAGCUUCCUGCAGGAGCCGACGCAGAGCAGCAGCGAGAAGGGCGCCAUCUCGGCAGGCCUGGCAGCCUACCGCGCCCAGGGCCUGGCGACGUUGCAGGCCAUCGAGAUGCAGGCUGACAAGUGCCUGGCGCCGGACGCGUGGCGAGAAUCCUAUGAUGCAGGCCUGUCGGCGUACCGCGCCCAGGGCCUGGCCACGCUGCAGGCCAUGGAGGCAACGAGCUUCGAUGGCUGGUAUGCUCCAGGCCCUGGCGCGCCCAGCCCGGCCGGGGACUCGGGGACCCGGGACGAACUGGGAGCUGCGGUUCUGCCAGACAAGAAUGACGACCCCUGGACCACUUCUUCCCAGUUCAAGCUGGACCUCGUGGAGUUGUUCGGAAACUCCUCGGACCAGGUGGUGCUGGAAGUCGGGGCGCACCUGGGCUUCUGCACCCGCGUGCUGGCGCGCCUCUUCGGCACGGUGCUGGCGCUGGAGAACUCGGCACCGGUGCUGCGGCGGAACGCGCGGCGGAACGCGGACCUGCGCAACGUUGUUUAUUUGAAGUUCCAUAGCGUCAUGGACGACUGGACGACCUUUUCCCAGACGCCCAUCCAUGCGGUUUUCAUUGAUGCUGCCCACGACUAUGGUAGUGUGAAAAGCGACCUGGAGAGAGCUCUGGCCUUACCUGGUGUGCACACCAUCGUUCUGGACGACUACGGCACGAGGACCGGGGUGCACCAGGCGGUGUCCGAGGUGGUGGCCAGCGGCGGCGCCCGGAUCAAGCGCUUCGUGGGCCGGGAGCCCCCGUGGUCCUACGGGGAUGUCCAGGUGCCCGAUUGGGAGGGCGUGGCCCUAGAGCCGCUGGCGCAGCCGAGCGCCGCAUCGCCGCCGUUGGACCUGGCUGCCUCCUUGCUGGGCACGUCCUGGGUCGUUUUCCCCGCGGGGGUUUUCUCCUCCGGGUACUUCAUGCCCCACGGGCAGUUCCAGCUGGACCGGCCGCACCAGGCCGCCAGCUCCUACGGCCCCAUGGAGUGGCGGGCCGCGCUGCCAGGGGAAAUCGAGGGGGCUGUGCCGACCCUCAUCCUCCAGGUGGUAGAGGAGCCCCACUGGCGGCUGCAAGCGGAGGUCACCGAGCAAAGGACUGGGAUGGCCUUGAGACGGAACGAUGGCGUGGUUUUCGUCGCCGUCCGCCAGGACAUGAUGAGAGUUAUCGGGGAUAAGCUGUUAAGCUUCCUGCACUAG